AUGGAUCACGAAAGAGUUAUCAGGGACCUGUUCCCUGCUCUAGUGGUUCAAUUAGAUCGAGAAACAAGCAGCACACCAUCCAGUGAAUCGGAUGAUUCUGCCGCAGUCACGCACGAGAGCCCUACUCCCCGAGUAGCCAACACGUUACGGAGCUCUGUGGCUCCUCGCAUGGGACAACUACCCCAGUUCCGAGCACUCCUAUUAGAUCGACUCGAGUCCGAUUUGCUCCAGUUGGAGGAAAUUCUGAGGAGUUUCUACCUACAUCAAGUCACUGUAUUUCUUCUCGUGAUACCCCUUGUGCUUCUUCCCUAG